UGAUGGCCGGCACAGCAGCAGGUCAUCGCCCACGCCCUCGAGCGCCGGACCUGGUCGUCGACUCGGAGAUGGAAACCUCCAAAUGUGGCAGGGGCUGCGUUCAGCACACGUUCCUUGAACCUCCCACCACCCCCGGCGAUCGCUUCCGCGAGGUGAAGCAGAAAUGGUACCGAAAGUCGUCAAACAUCGUCCCCGGCCGAGUUUUCCUCGACGAGGAUGCACACAGCCAAAAGGUUCGGGCUGUCAAGGUGCUUGACUCCUACUCCCAUAUCGACUACUAUGGCGAGCUGGAGGCGCUGGCCAAGUUCUCCGGGCCAAAGUAUGCGCACUGCUUUGUCAACUCGGACGGCUGGUACAAGCUGGAUGAUGAAAUUUUCGUCUCGAUGGAGUACUUGCAGUUGGGGAACCUAGGCAUGCAUCUUGCCAAUCCCCUCCCUGAAGUCCAGGCUCGUGACAUUGUGCAACAGCUCCUCGAGGGGUUGACGCACAUGCACAAGGCCGGAUUCGUGCAUCGGAACCUGACACCGGAAAACAUCAUGGUAGCAGCCAUCGAGCCUCGCUGGAUCGUCAAGAUUGGCGGCUUCGGGUGCGUCGCCAGAGAUCCGGUAGACGUGAGAAUCGGCUGCUCGAGGAGCAAACUGUCGCAAGAAUACUCGGCGCCCGAGCUUCUCCGUCUCACCGAAGCGCAGGCAGACGUUCCAUACGCCGCUGACAUGUGGUCUCUCGGCGCCAUCACCUUCCGCCUGCUCACCGACGCCACGCCCUUUAAAGAUGAAGAAAGCAGCACUCAUCUUGGAGGCUACCUCAAAAGAGGCCGCGGCGAUAUGCAAACGUGGAAACUGUACAAAUACGACGUAUCGGAACCUGGUCGGGACUUUAUCACCGACUUGAUGGUACCCGAUGCAUGCGACAGGCUCUCCGCUGCCAAGGCUGCUGACCACCAGUGGUUCAAAACUCUGCUGCCGUCCCCGAGGAUAGGCGGCCACGUCACGCCGCCGCAGUAUGUCCCAACCCCCAGGUCGAGCCACCAGAGAAUAGAUUUGAGCAGGAUUGCAACCGAUCUGACAAACCUCCACCUCGGAACCAGGACUCCCAGCCCCGCACGUGCAGCAACGCCACGCCGCUCACACACGCCGAACCCGGUUCCCAACCUCACUCCGGACCGGUACAAUGAAGAGGGGGGCGGCUUCGUCCUCCCCCGCUUCGAGUACCGUCUCUCGGGUGAGACCGGCGAGUGGGUGGGCAGUCCCGUCAACCCGUUUCCGCCCAGCCAAGCUGCCCAACCACGGCAAUUCCCGUCCACGCCGCCCCGUCCCGGACUGAACAGGCGGUCGAGCAGCAAGCGCAAGCUCAGCCGGGAGCCGGACGAGCACCCUCCGUCGCUGCAGAAGCGACCAUCGCUGAAAAAGUCCGACGGUGACGACUUUGCCACCAACAUGAGCAUCGCCGAGAUCAGCACCUCCGCCACGCCCACACCGUCGGCGACUGGCCGCCAGGCCGGCUACGAGACCUGCAGCGAGACGCUGAUCGGGCGCGAGAGCUGCAGUAGCCCCAGGCAGCCGCCGCGGAACAACCCGCUGGCCGAGCUGCUGGCGAUCCAGAGGCGGCUCGAGACCGAGGUGCAGCCGCGGUGCGCCGCAUUCGGCGGGACGACCCAGGAGCACGCCCAGCUGGUCCACGCGCUGGAGAAGCUGCUCACGGACGUGGACGGCGUGCAGGGCCGCGGCCAGGACCAGGCGGCGGGCGCGUUGGGGAAGCAGCUGGUCCGCAGGGUGCAGGAAGAGCUGCGCAGGCUGGACGAGGCGUUCAAUUCUGGCGGCCGGCGGUGGUGGGACUGUAGAUACUGCGGCAGCCAGGUGAGGUUUGGCAAGGGGACCAGGGAUCGCACGUACGAGGUCGACAGCGGCGACAGGACCAACAUGGUCGUCGUGACUGACCCGCUGUACUUUUGCAGGUGCGGGAAGGCUUGCGUAUGUUUAAAGUGUGGUAUCGUCGAGGCCGAGGUUUGCAAAUGUUAUACAAGGGGUGAUUUGAGGAAGAGGCAGGGACAAGGACGGGCUUGAGGUAGUGGAGGGAUUUCUUUUUCUUUUUUUCUUUUCUCUUCUUGAAAGUGUAUUGGUAUGUGGUUUUGCUGGCGUCGAG